AUGGACUGCGACGAGGAGGGGAACGCGAACACGACUCAGAUAGACUACGAGCUGCCCGCGCCAUUCGAGGCCAUUGUGCCGUUGAAAGCAUCUCCAGGCCUUCCGCAGGUGACGCGGCGCGCUGCACUUGCUGCCAGGAUUGUGGCAUGGGCGCGCUCCUGGCUCACAUCGCUCUUCACAAACAUGGUGGGCAGUGGCUUCGGGCAGUGGAUGCAGUGGGGCAUCCCAUCUAUAUCGGACGUCUUGCGGUACUCUGAACUCCAGCACCUCCGCGGCAGUGCGGAGGCCAGGAGGGAAUGGCGGUCGACUUGUGUCUCCGCGGCUGGUGCGACAGCGCCGUCCCUAGGGAACAACUGCGGCUGCGUUUUAGUGAGCAGUGGGUCGCUCGGGAUGAUCUGCGCCUUCUCCAACUUCGGCGUCUUGCUCUUGCUCAUCUCCGACAACGAGAUGGGCAGCGGCGAGUGCUCUUACCAUGUCGGACCUAUCCUCACCGACGAGGAGUUCGAGGCACAG